AUGUCGGAGCUACUAUUUCCAAGUUAUAACUAUUUACCUCACCAUCUAAAAACACUCUUUCUCUAUAUGGGAGUCUUCCCUGAAAAACACCAAAUUCCCUACUCCAAGAUCAUUCGUUUGUGGAUUGUUGAGGGUUUUCUUGAACGAAAUCUGUCCAAAACAUGGGAAGAUGUUGCUGACCAAUGUCUGAAGGACCUUAUUUCAAGAAGUGUUGUUAUUGUCCACCAGCAUAGCACAGGUAACGGGAUUAAAACUUGUCGACUCCAUUCUGUAUUUUGGCCCCUCUGCAUCAGAGAAGCUAGAAAGAACAAGUUUUUCCAUGUCAUAAAAUGUUAUGCUGAUAUAGUAGCAGAAGAUGUGAAAAUCCAGCCUCGAUUUUGCAUCCACAAUAACAUUUUGUUUGGCAUCAAAUAUUUGAAUAACUUAAUGUCAUCCGCAUCAAACGUGUCUUCUCUACUAUGUACCGGCCCUUAUCAUCAAUAUCCAGUACCGAUAUAUUUGGAUGAUUCAAGGUUGUUGAGGAUACUUGACGCUCUUACAGUCCGUUUCUACUUAUUUCCAAUCCAAGUACUGAAACUAGUUGAGCUAAGGUACCUUGCCCUAACUUAUAAUGGGAAGCUCCCUUCUUCCAUAUCCAAACUUCCGAACCUUGAGUGCUUGAUUGUUGACCGACAUAUGGCGAUCAGGUCUGCCGGAAAACCACAGUGGCUGCCCGUGGAGAUAUGGGAUAUGAAGAAACUGAAGCAUCUUCAAAUCAUGGGAAACGAGGUGCCCGAUCCUUGUGAAGGAUCUGUCUUACCAAAACUCUCAACACUUUCAGACAUAAGCUCCCACAGUUGUACUAGGAGUGUUCUUGAAAGCAUCCCUAACCUAAAGAAAUUAGGAAUUCGAAUUGAAAUAUCGUCUGAUGCAGCCUCUGAUUGCGAACCAUCGAGCUGCUUCGAUCAUAUUUCACUUCUCAAUAAACUAGAAUCACUUAAAUGUGUUAUUGUGAAUCCUACAUUGAAGAACCCUCCCCUUCUUUCAGUUUUCCCAUUAGGUCUUAAGAAAUUGUGCCUGAGUGGGUUAGGAUAUCCUUGGGAAGAAAUGAGCAAGAUCGCUUCAUUGCCUAAUCUUGAAGUGCUCAAAUUGCGAUGCUAUGCUUUUCGAGGCCCAAAGUGGGAAAUCGAAGAUAAUAGAUUCAUGCGACUCGAGUUUCUUCUGAUUGAAGAUAGUGACUUGAUGCACUGGACCGCAGGAAAGGAAAGCUUCCGAUUUCUUGAUUGCCUAAGCAUUAAACACUGCUACAGAUUAAAACAGGUGCCACGGAAAUUUUCUUCCGAUCUUAGAGAAAUUCAAGUAAGAGACUGCAGUCCGUUUAUUUCAAAUUGGGCGAAGUUUGUGUCCCUCAAAAUUGAUGUCCAUGUCCAUGCUUCGUGGGAUGAAUGA